AUGAUGGGAAUUUCGGAGUGGAUAUUGAAGCUACACAGUUGUUUUGUUGGGGUUAUGUCUUCUCAUAUGCCUGAGAAAGCUUCAAAAUUUUCAUGGAUUUUGAGGUCAAAUCCCAUGGUUCAAUGGUGGUUCAAGGUGCUAAUGAUGUUAGUAUUUCUUGGAAUCUUGAUUGUGUGGGGAAUUGAUGGGUUGAAUGUGAAUACUUUCCAGAAAAGAUUUGUUGUGUUAAAAUCUAUUAGCUCUGGAAAUUUGUCACAACCCCAUGAAGAUUUAAGCUUUAAUAAUCUUGCCGUGGAAACCCAAAUAGAAAAACCGUACCAGGAAAACCAACAUAACCAAAGCAUGGUACAAACCCAUGAAAAUCUUGGUCCUAAAAUUGAUCCUGCACCGGUCAUUUUGGACAAAAAUCAACAAAAUUCGACCUCGGAGGACGAGGGUUUGAAUAGCCGCCCUUCCGGACCGAGAAUUCUGGAUUGGAUUACAACGGAGCUAGAGGCGAAUUAUUCAUCAAAGCUUCUUGGCAAUUGGUUGGCCCCGGGGGGUGAGCCGUGCAGGGAUUCGAAAACUGUGGACAUUAGUAUUCCAGGUUUGGAUGGUCAUGACAACAUUGAAUUGUUAACUAGUAAUAUCCACGAGUUUGUUUUCCAAGCAUUAGAUGAUUCAGGGAAGCCACGUUGUUUGGGUGGUGAUUAUUUUGAAACUGAUCUCUCGGGCAAAUCAUGGAAGGCUAGGCCUCCCAUUAAGGACUUUGGAAAUGGCACUUAUGGGUUCUCCCUUCAAGUCCACCCUGAUUUUACAGGAGAUUUCAAUCUUACCAUAAUCCUUUUGUUCCGACAUUAUGAAGGAUUGAAAUUUUCACCUGAAAGAUUUGCGUUUGACAGGGUUCUCCGUGUGAUUCCAAUCAAAUUUAAAAAAUCCUCUGCCAAAUUACCAGAAAUAACGCAAUGCAAGAAGUCUGAUUACAAUAGAGAUGUUUGGUCUGGCCGAUGGACUCGUCAUGCAAGGAAUGAUAGCUGUCCGAUUAGCAAUGAUGGGCGAUAUAGAUGUCAGAAUCCCAAUUUUCCAUGCCAGCAUCCAUGGUGCAAUGGUCCUUUGGGUGUACUGGAAAGUAAUGGGUGGAUAUAUUCAACCCAUUGUUCAUUCAAGAUGUUUUCAAGCGAAGAAGCUUGGAAUUGUUCGAGCAAUCGCUGGAUUUUCUGGUGGGGGGAUUCCAAUCAUUGUGACACUAUCCGUAACAUCCUGAGGUUCAUUUUGGAUGUCCAUGAUAUUGAGGCUGUUCCAAGAAGAUUUGAUGUGAACAUCACCAAUCCGAAAAAUCCAUCUCAAACGGUUCGGUUCACAAGCAUUUUCAAUGGUAAUCCAAACGCUACCGGAAAUUAUCAGGGCUUGAAUUCGUUAAUUAAUGCGGAGUACAGAGAAUUGCUGAAGGGUUACUUUUCAGGAAAUGAUGUUCCCGAGACUGUGAUAAUGAAUUCAGGCUUACAUGAUGGAGUGUUUUGGCCUAAUAUUCGGAGAUUUAUAAAUGGGGCUGACUAUGCAGCAUCAUUUUGGGCCGAGAUAGUCAAUGGGGUGAGGAAAAGAGGACUCAAGCCACCAGAAAUCAUAUACAGGACUACAGUAACUACGGGUGGAUAUGCUAGAAGGCUUGCAUUUAAUCCUCAUAAAAUGGAGGCCUUCAAUGGGGUAGUAUUGGAUAAGUUAAGGCAAUAUGGGAUCCUUGAUCGAGUGAUUGAUGAUUUCGAUAUGACCUAUCCAUGGCACUAUGAUAACCGGUGCAACGAUGGUGUGCACUAUGGUCGUGCUCCUGCAAAAUUGAAGUGGAGGGAUGGCCAGAUCGGGCACCAAUACUUCGUUGACCUAAUGCUUGGCCACGUUCUUCUCAACGCGGUGUGUGUUAGAUAA